AGACAGGAGUUUUUUGUCCUCAAAAUAAAAAUCCCCCAGAAAUGGCCAGUACUGAAGACAGUGCUUUUCUUUUCUACUCUUCUUCCAUGGCAUCUUUAGUCUCCCAUCUCUCCAAGAAACUCAAAACCUUCUUACUAAUUACUUUGCUAACCACAGUCGUGGUAGCAACCUCAGAAAAACAGUGUCGUAAUUUCAAGUCUAUCAUAAGCUUCGGCGAUUCCAUCACCGACACCGGAAACUUGCUCCGUCUCUCCAACCCGAAUAAACUUCCUCAGUCUGCGUUUCCGCCGUACGGAGAAACCUUCUUCCACACCCCCACCGGUCGUUUCUCCAAUGGCCGUCUCAUCGUCGACUUCAUAGCUGAGUUUUUGAGGCUUCCUUAUGUGCCUCCUUACUUUGGAUCUCCAAAUGGUAGCUUCGACAAAGGAGUCAAUUUCGCUGUAGCGGGUGCAACCGCAUUGGAACAGAGCUUUCUUGAGAGCAGAGGAAUCCAUUAUGCUUACACCAAUGUUAGUUUAGGAGUUCAGCUUAGAAGAUUCAAGCAGAGUUUACCAAAUCUAUGUGGUUCACCUUCAGACUGUAGAGAGAUGAUUGGAGAUGCUUUGAUUAUCGUCGGAGAGAUCGGAGGGAAUGACUAUAACUACGGACUCUUGGUUGAAAAAAACAUCGAGGAGAUCAAAGAGCUGGUUCCACUAGUGAUCAGUACUAUUUCUUCUGUGAUUACGGAGUUGGUUCACAUGGGAGGCAGAACGAUUAUGGUGCCUACGGACCUCCCAAUCGGAUGCUGGCCAUCGUUUUUAACGCAGUAUCAAACAUCAAACAAAGAAGAAUACAAUCCUUUGACAGGAUGCUUGAACUGGCUAAACGAGUUUGUAGAACAUCACAACAAAGAGCUUCAAGCAGAGUUAAACAGACUCCAGAAACUCUACCCUCAUGUUACAAUCUUAUACGCUGAUUACUACAACGCCUUGCUACAUAUUUUCCAAGAACCGGCCAGAUUCGGGUUCAUGAAUCGACCAUUGUCAGCAUGCUGUGGAACAGGAGGUCCAUACAACUUCAACAAUGCUAGUCAGUGUGGAACUAAAGGAGUGGAUUCUUGUAUUGAUCCUUCAAAGUUUGUGCAUUGGGACGGUUUUCAUUUGACCGAGUCUGCGUACGGAUGGGUCGCCAUGGGAUUACUUGAAGGACCCUACACGCUUCCUGCUUUCGACUGGUCAUGCCCCGGCUUUGAUAUUAAGAACAGAAGUAGAACAUCAUCAGGCAGACAGUAUUCUUCUAGCAGUAGGUGAUGGAUGAACAAGUUUUUUUCACAAAGCCUUUGUGAGAGAAUAAAAUUGCUGAGUAAUAAGAGUUGCAUUAUUGUAUCCCUAA